CCACAACCACUCACACCCCCAAUUCCAUCCACCCACACAACCAACCGAAACAAAGGAAGGAGAAGACAUCCAAAAUGGCCGACAAACUCCGCACGAUCCAAAACCUCGAGGCGAUGCAAGCGCGGUACAUCGGUACUGGCCACGCGGACACGACGAAAUACGAAUGGGUAUCGAACAUUGUCCGGGAUAGCUACGCCUCGUAUAUUGGUCAUCCGCCUAUGUUGUCAUAUAUGGCGUUGGGAAUGGGCGAGUCGAAGGAGAAGGUUCGCGCGGCGAUGAUUGAGAAGAUGGUUAGAGGGGCGGGGAAUCCGCCGGAGACGCAGGAAUAAUUCAGUACUACUGCUCUUUGAGUGAUUGGUGGUGGGGUUUGAGGGCUGGGUGAGAUGAAGGAGUUGAGUGUUUGAUGGAGGAGUAUUGUGGAAGGAGAUAGAUGAUGGAUGGUGGGAUAUGUGCUGUCGCGUUUGUGUCAUGCAGGUAUUUGCAUACUACUGGAGUUCAAUGGUGGGUUAAUGGCGUUGGCGUGGAGGUUUCAUGCAUUACAUUACAUACUAAGGAUAGGAUAUGGAUAAGAUGGG